AUGGCGCCAGGCCUGGGGCUGGCCUACCCGUGGGGGAGGGAUGUCCGGCGGGGCACGCCGGUGGUGGUGACCAUGGAGAACCCCAACUACUCGGUGGUGGAGAUCGACGGGCCCGAGGCGGAGGCGCUCCGGGCUGGCGGCGUGCCUCCCACCAUGGACAAAGGCCGGGGCCGGAGCGCCAAGCAGUUCACCUGGGUGCUGCUCCUCCGCGCGCACCGUGCCGCCGGGUGCCUCGCCUCGCUCGUAGCCGUCACCUGGGCGCUGCCGUCGGCCGUUGCGAAGCGUUUCCGGCGGGCCGCCGCCGCCGAGGGCCUCGGCCACGGCCACGGCCGGGGCUGGCUUCUCUACAGGUUCAUCAAGGGGCUCUUGGCGCUCUCCGUGCUCGCCCUCACCGUCGAGCUGGCGGCCUACUGGAAAGGGUGGCACUUUCAGAGGCCGAAUUUGACCGUGCCUGAAUUGCAUGUGCCGGAGGUGGAGGACAUUCAGGGGUGGCUGCACACGGCGUACCUGGCCUGGAUGUCGUUCCGAGCGGACUACAUCCGGCGGCCGAUCGAGUUCUUGUCCAAAGUUUGCAUUUUGCUGUUUGUUGUCCAAUCGUUGGAUCGGCUCGUCUUGUGCAUCGGGUGCUCCUGGAUUAAGCUCAGGAAAAUCAAGCCAAGGAUCGAAGGGGACCCAUUCCGGGAGGGUUCAGGGUAUCUGCACCCAAUGGUGCUUGUUCAGAUUCCUAUGUGCAAUGAAAAGGAGGUCUAUGAGCAGUCGAUUUCAGCCGUCUGCCAGCUAGAUUGGCCUAGGGAUAAGUUUCUAAUCCAGGUGCUUGAUGACUCGAGUGACGAGAGCAUUCAAAUGUUGAUCAAAGCAGAAGUUUCUAAGUGGAACCAGCAGGGUGUGAACAUUAUCUAUCGGCAUCGGGUGUUGAGGACUGGGUAUAAAGCUGGGAACCUCAACUCUGCAAUGAGCUGUGACUAUGUCAAGAAUUUCGAAUUUGUUGCCAUCUUUGACGCGGACUUUCAACCAAGCCCUGAUUUUCUCAAGAAAACAAUCCCACAUUUUGAGGGGAACCCUGAGCUUGGACUAGUUCAAGCCCGAUGGAGCUUUGUGAACAAGGAUGAGAACCUCUUGACCCGCCUUCAGAAUAUCAACCUUUGCUUCCACUUUGAAGUGGAGCAGCAGGUCAAUGGGGUCUUCUUGAACUUCUUUGGGUUCAAUGGAACUGCUGGAGUUUGGAGGAUCCAAGCUUUGGAAGAAUCAGGAGGCUGGCUUGAGCGGACAACCGUGGAGGAUAUGGAUAUUGCUGUUCGCGCACACCUGAAUGGAUGGAAGUUCAUCUUCUUGAAUGAUGUGAAGGUCUUGUGUGAGGUUCCAGAAUCUUAUGAAGCAUAUCGGAAACAGCAACACCGGUGGCAUUCUGGCCCAAUGCACCUUUUCCGGCUGUGCCUUCCGGACAUAAUUACUGCCAAGAUCUCCACAUGGAAGAAGGCAAAUUUAAUACUAUUGUUCUUUCUUUUGAGGAAGUUGAUACUUCCUUUCUAUUCUUUCACAUUAUUUUGUGUCAUUCUUCCACUAACCAUGUUCGUUCCCGAGGCCGAGUUGCCUGUGUGGGUCAUCUGUUAUGUGCCGGUUUGCAUGUCCUUCUUGAAUAUUCUGCCAUCCCCAGGAUCAUUUCCCUUCAUUGUACCAUACCUCCUCUUCGAGAACACCAUGUCAGUGACCAAGUUCAAUGCAAUGGUCUCUGGAUUGUUCAAACUUGGGAGCUCCUACGAAUGGGUUGUCACCAAGAAGUCUGGUCGAUCAUCUGAAUUGGAUCUCUUGACAUCAGCAGAAAAGAAUAGGAAGUGCAUCACACUUCCUCAGCUCCAGAAGCGAUUGCCUGAAAACAGUGAAUUGAUCGAGAUCAAUGCGCGAAAGGAACAGCGAGAGAAGGUGCCAGAUGACGCCAAAAAGGCUAACAAGAUCUACAAGAAGGAGCUUGCUCUUUCUCUGCUCCUACUCACUGCUGCGACAAGGAGCCUCUUGUCUGCUCAAGGGAUUCAUUUCUACUUCCUUCUGUUCCAGGGGGUGUCAUUCCUUGCCGUUGGCCUUGAUCUAAUUGGUGAACAGAUAAGUUGA